AUGGGUCCAGAAUGUCCAGUGGAGGAAACAGAGUUAGGACAGUGGUCGCCUCAAAGGGUGCUGACCCUAACUAGUGUGGCAAAAGGGCAGGAGAAACAGAGAGCUGCAUUUGCAUACGUAAUAGAUUCUCCUCCACUUAGAGGGAUCACGGGACAGCUGGGGCUUUGCCUCGGCCUCAUGGGAUACCGGCGUGAAAUAAAAGUUAUUACUAUGUUUAUU